CCACAUUCAAAACCUCCACAAUUAAUCAAUCUUAUCGCAAUCUCCGAGAUAAUCCCCGACCAUUACUUCAUAACCACCACAACCAAAAAGAACAACGAAAUGCCCCCAAUUCCCACCCUCCUACAACACUACCACCGUCACCGUCAAGACCAAGACCAAGACCAAGACCAAGACCUCACCAACGCCGACAACCACCUAACAAAACGCCUCACGCCCAUCCCCCUAGGCCCAGCUUACAAUACAAUCUCCAUCCCCGCCUCCUACGGCCGCCUCGACACCUCUCCCUCACCGGGCACAGUAGCCGGAAUAAUCCUCGGUAGCGUCUUCGGUUUCAUCUUCCUCCUCUACCUUCUCUGGCUCGGAUUAAGCUCUGGCCGGCGCUUCGGUAGCGAAACGCAGACGGAGAUGGCGUCGGCGAGUAGCGCGGGUGGUAUGCGGCGGAGACGGGGACGACGGAUUGUGGUUGAGGAGGAGCGACCGGCGAGUGCCCAUAGCCAUGGCCAUGGACAUGGAGAUCAUAUUAUUGUGGAGGAGAGUGUGACGAGUGCGCCGAGUCGGUCGGAGGGAGAUGUUAUUGAGGUAUUUGAGGAGGCUAGUAGUGUGGAUCGGCCGCCGAGACGUGGGAAGCAUAAUGGUGGUGGGGGGUGGAGGAGGGGGGAUUUGGAGGGGAGUGAGUUUAGUUCUAGGAUUUGAUGUUUGGUUUUUUUUUUUUUUUAUUAUUCCUAUUCUUAUUCUUGUUUCUUGUUUGUUGCUUAUUGGGGAGGGAUGGGGGAGUGGAUGGAUUGAUGAUUGAUACCCUUUUUUUCUUUCUCUUUUUGUGUUUCGUGUUUUAU